CAUUAUGGUGGAAAGUGUUGAGAACACACAGGAAGAUGGACAGGGUGCUUCUCAUCUUGACGACCUCCGAUCUGCUGUUAGGAAAUUGAGAAAAAUCAUUUCCACUUGGACCAUCCACAUUUUCAGUCAUGAAUUGGUGGAUAAAGUGAUAGCCCUUCAGGACAGCCACAGCACUCCACAGGUCUUAACAUUGGAAGCAGCCAAAAGUGCUUCAGACUCCAUUCUUUCAAGGCUGAAAUGGGGAAAGGAACAAUGUGCCAUAUCCAAGGAGCUCUCCUCUCAGCUUCUCCAGAUAUUUGCUGAAGAGACAGUGAAGUGCUUCCUGAGACAGUGGUCAGAUGAGUAUGAAAACAUAAACUUUGAUGUUUCAGUCCAGAACGAACCAAAGACUUCUACUUGCAUGGUCAUUCUUCAAAUGAUCACCAAAGCCACUGCUGAAUGUUAUUUUGAGUCCGCUACCAGCGUGGCCACCAGUGACAUUGUAGAAGGCGUGUUUGAUUUGGAAAGGGAUACCAUCAGCAGUACUGGAGAGCAGGUCCUCACCUUUAACACAAAGGCUUCCAAGAAAGUUAGUAAGAACCUCUGUCCUCAAGAGUCUCUGGAGUACCAGCCUCAGAACAUUUCCCCUACUGUGUACUUUACAGAGACGAUGACAACAUCUCAUGGCUCCUUUUCUCCAGAGGGAAUUUAUGAUAUCGCAUCGUCCUUCCCACUUGAAGAGAAGAGUCGCAAACCCUCCCUUUUCACCAGAUUGUCUAGAUCCAUCACGAAAGGCUUUCUCAGCCCAUUCAAAUCUUCAAGGAAAACCAAAUUAUUUAAAUAAAUUCCUCAUUAUAAACAAC